AUGGAGAGUGUCAACUCGCCAGUUGCUAGUUUGAGUUUUAUACCACCUUUUGGGUCUGCUGUGGAAUCGGACGCCGAUAAAACCAACUUUGAAACGGCCACAUCUUCAGUGAAUUGCUUUGCCGAAGUUGUUGUCACUCAGAAUUACUCGGACAUUUCAAGGUAGUUUGUAUAACCUUUAUGUUUUCAGUGUUUUAUUUAUAGCUGCAAGUUACAUGUACAUGUAACCUUACAUAUGUAUAUAUAAACUUAUGUGGUUCAAUUAAUUUGGGUGUGUUUGUAUGCAUGGUAGUGCAUGAUGAAGAGUUUAAAAGAAGGAAAAUGAAAUUAAAACCAAGGAUAAAAUUGGACCACUACAUAAAUAAUAUUAUUUAUAGUCAUGCUUAAACAUGUUUCUCAGCUGAUGGCUGACUAAUUGCACAAGGUAAUUUUCCAUUUUUGGUUUGCAACCCCUUGACGAGGUGGUCAUGUUGGUCGACAAAACAUGAUAUUUUUUAAUAGAUUUUUAAUGAAAUAAUGAGUUUGGUUCCCUGUGGAGAUACGCUUUUUUUCUUGUCAACCACCAUAUAUGGCCACCAGGCCUUCAGAUGCAAACCAGCAGUUUUACACCGGUCAGUAUAAAACAUGGACUACGGACUGCAGACCACGGACUGCGGACUGGGUAUAAAAUACGAACUAGGUAUAAAAUGCGGACUCCGGACUGAGUAUAAAAGACGCACUAGGUAUAAAACGCGGACUACGGACUAUGUAUAUAAAAACAGCUUUAGAAGGUAAAACUGAGAGAAAUAGAAAGCGGACUAGCAAAACAGUAGUCCCAGCUUUAACAUUCCCUUGGCUGUUCACGUAGUCUAUUCUUUCCACGGAGAAGGAAGGUUAUGCCAGUACUCAAGGCAACUGAAAUUAAACUCUGAAUUUUAUAAAAAGAGGGAGUUUGAAGAGAUUUCAAUUUGCAGUUUUAAACCAAUAAGAAGCACCGAAUUAAAAAAAAUAGUAUUGUUGUUAGUCAGAUCAGUAAAAUUCUUAUCAGAUGCGACAAUUCCGUUUCAAAUAAAGCCUUGGGAAUAUGAGGACUGAAUGAAGAACUCAGACGAGAAGGUCAAUGAGAUGCACAAAGCAGUAUUUAGGUGGGAGGGAUUACUCACAUACGUGAAUAAUAACCGAAAUGAGUCAUCCAACGUUAUAUUCUAAGCGAUGAUUAUGAUAACAUGAUUUACACGCUGUUCCUGAUCCCCAGAGGGGGGUACUACUGGGAAUUCUUGGUGGGGGUGUAGUGCCCGGUUCUCUAAAUCCUAGAGCGCAAACAAAAAAAUUCUCCAAAUGCAUUUCAAAUUCGCACAUUUCUAUUUCGUUCUCAUUCAUUUGGAAUUGAAACGAUAAAUACGUCCAUUCAUGUACGCUCCCAUAGUUCCCUCGAAAACCAUACCCGAUUCCACACCAAAAUGGGCAAAGUGUUUUCAGACCAAAAAGGCCCAAACCCCCUACCCUUCCAUUAUAGAAGGGAGUACCACCCCUGAUCCUGACCCCUUUCAUGAUACUCAUGAUUCAGAGAACCGGGCGGGACACCUCCACCAAGAAUUUAUAGGAGUAUUUACAACUUUAACUCACGUGUCUUGCUAUUUAGCGAUCUUUUGAUCUUAUUUUUCCUUACCUAGAACCAAUUUGCACUGUUUUUACCAAAGUAGUCCGUAGUCCAUAUUUUAUACCCAGUCCGCAGUCCGCAGUCAGCGUUUUAUACCUUGUCCGUGUUUUAUACCCAGUCCGUAUUUUCUAGUCCGCGUUUUAUACCUAGUCCAUUUUUUAUACCCAGUCCGUAGUCCGCAGUCCGCAGUCCGCAGUCCGUGUUUUAUACUGACUGGUUUUACACUGUAGCAAACUUUGUAAGUCUAAUAACUUUAAUUUUUAAUUUGUUAAUGAGUCUAUGAUCUACAUCUGAUUUCUCACACUUGCUCAAAAAUACACACUCCAAAAAUUUUUUGGAGCAUCUGCUAUGGGGUUCGUUUCCAAGUUAGAUAGCAAACUCAAUCAGACUUGAUUCAGCAGUUAUUUUGCACCUUUGUUCCGUUUCUUUACAUUUUACAUGGCUGUAGUAUUACAAUCCAAACUAAGGCACAGUGUAAAUAUGCAAUGAUUUGUGUAGGUACAUUUAUUAAAUAGUUUUAAAGCAUUUUUCUUUUCCUAUCAGAUUAAGGAAAAUAGGGAAAAUUCUCAAACCUUUUUGAGCAGUUAAACAACAGAAUACAGCAAGCAUUAAGACUAAAAUCUAAGGCCUUAGAUUCUGAUCUAAUAAAUUCUUCAUCAUUACUUCAUUUUUCUCAGGAGUGUUGCAUUGCCAGGUAAUGGAGUGGCAACAUUUGCUGUUAGUUCAAGUGGUACUCUUACCUGUCCAGGUAUGUGUGCAGCUGUGUCUAAUUUGUGAGUCAUUUAAAGUCAGGCAGAAGAGUUUGUCAUAAAGGAAAGAUAAUGAUAAGCAUAUGUUAAUUAGGCAAAAAAUGUAAUGCUUGUUCAUGUAUUGUACUGUUUUGUUGUUACAUUGGGGGUUCUAUUAAAUCUUACUGUGCUUUUCAUCUUUAUUGUCAGUGUUAUAUUUGAAACUCAGUUUAACCUGAUAAAAAAAAACUGACUGCUUAUAUUUACAGGUGCGGUGUUGACCAGUCCUGUAGCAGUUGUUUCAGUUCCUGAAAACCAGCUGUUCUCUGUCCAACAGCCGCAACAGGUUGAUUCGAUUCAGCAUGAAGCAGACUUACCCAAUGAUGAAGAAGUUACAGGAAGCACAGCAAAUGUCAAUGAUGCACAUGAGUUGACGAUAAACGUUGACAUUUCCUCCUCUGCAGCUGGUUUAACAGAGGGUGGAGUACCUUUGGUGACAGAAGGGGCACCAGGUAGUUCUGCCAAUGAUCCUAAGGUGAGUAGUACACUGUAGUCCAUUUACUUAGCAUUAUUAAACAUUCUAUGUACUAUCUGUCAAGUCUCAUUGGCUAAAAGCCUUAAUUUUGGAAAUCAGUGCAACCUAAAGAUUAAUUAGUUAACUGCUAGCAGAUAACUGACUUAUAUUGGUUGGGUGUGCAAUGCAUCAUUUCCAAGAGCAAUGUCAUACUAUACUCCGUAAGUGUUUCUAUCUUGGUUAGUGUUAUCAGCCUCAGCAUUGGCUGAUAACAAUAAUAAAUUAUUACAUGUAUCUUUACCUUGAUUAUUAUGGAUGUCACGAAAACCCCAUCUAAUAAUAAUGUUUAAUAUCUGAAAUCAUGUAGAAGAUAAGUUGUAUUAUUAUACAUCAGACUCACUAUGAAAAAUCUGAUUGGUCGAGAGCAUUCAAUCAAUUCACAAUACCUUGUGAACUUGACAUGAUAAAUGCAAUAUCUGCUGCAGAUAUUGCAUUUAUCAUGUCAAGUUCAACGUCUGCCUGGUUACCAAGCCCCUUGGAGUGUUCUCCUCAGAAACAGAAUGGCUGAAAUCUUCGCUUCUGUUUCUGAGGAUGAAUUAUGGAUUUUUCUAUUUUAAUGUAUACUUUAUUCAGACAAAGGUUUUAUUUUUGUUUAAAAUUUUUAAAUGAUCUUGGUUAAACUUAUCAGUGUCACUUUCACCUUAAUUUUAAUUUAAAGUGGUCGGGAGGUCGCUAAUUAGAAGUGGUUACUACGAGAGAUUUACUGUAUUAAAAGUGACGGAAGAAGUCUACAGCUAUAUAUAGAGAAAUGCAGGUCAAUAUUUCAGUUUAAUUCAAAACCAUUUUGUUUUACUCAAAAUUAAUACUGAAGAGCGAUUACAGGUAGAUGUUCUUUGGAGUUGUACACAGAUGUAUAUCUAUACAUGUAUUUUCUCCACAUAUCAUCCCAAGUUUGGUUUAAAUUGGUUUCAUACACUGAAUGACUUCAAAGUUAUGAUAACUGUACUUUUCUCACUACAUAUGUCUGUUAAAGAUUCCUGGGGGUGCAAGGGUGUUAAUCAUGUUAAGAUAGUUGUGUGGUUACAUAAUUAUAUUUUUCCUUCACCUUGCAGCAGAAACGAAAAGGUGGUUGGCCAAAAGGCAAGAAGCGAAAGAAAGAAUUUGGAAAUCUGAAUAAACCAAAAGCUCCAAUAACUGGGUUAGUUAGUUGUUUUUUUUUAAUAAUUAUCAGUUGCUGUCUGUGUACAGGAACAAUUUACAUCCAUAUUAGAGGCGUUUAGACUCUAAGAUUAGGGAGACUUCAAAGAGAUGAGACAAAAAGAAUUAAACUGACUUUGCUUUUUUAGCUUUCAUAUCUGAAUUCAAAUUUCACUGUACCUUAACCCAGCUCUGAACAACCCAGCCCUGAACCUAUACUAGCGAGGAGAGAUGACUGUUCUCGCAGGCUAGGACCUUACUGUCCAAGUGAAAUAAAUUUCAGCAUGGACAUUAUUUAUUUCGUUUCAAAAGUUCUUUUACGUUGGAUUUCUUUAUCAUUUCAGGUAUGUGAGAUUCAUAAAUAGUCGCCGUGGGGAAGUGAAGCAGCAGCAUCCACACUUAACUUUUGCAGAAAUAACAAAAAUUCUUGGAGCAGAGUGGAGUAGUCUUUUGGCCGAAGAAAAACAGGUGUGAAAAAUCUGAUUGCUGAUUGUACGUAUUAUACAAAUCUUGCUGCGGCAUGUUUUGUUUUGAAAUAACAUGGCUUAAAAUAAUCUGCGUCGCAAGCGUUUCCGCCAAACUCCAGCAGAAACGAUUACUUUGCAGGCUAGGUUUAAAAUACUCAACUGAUUGGUAUGAUAUACAGUCAAACCCCUGCCUUGUACCCAGACGUCUCUCUCUCUAUGAAAAUGUGCGUGCAAAGGAAGGCGGAUGGAGACAAUGGGCGAGACGUCGCUUCUCCUGCCGUCUGUACCCUUCCCUUGGUCCCUUGUAAAAAGUUCAACUUGUCCCUUGAUUUUAAACCCAACAUUUAUACUUAUUCUAUUAUUUAUUUUUCUUGUGGGGAAAUGAAGAAAUACUUAGACGAAGCAGAAGAAGAUAAGAAGCGAUAUAUUGAGGAGCUGAAGAUCUACCAACAGUCCGAGCAAUACCAAGCAUUUAUGAAGCGACAAAGUGCUAAGAAAGUCAAGACCAUUGUUGGUAAGAUACUGUAGUACUAAUAAUUAACAGUUAUACACGACUAAAAGCCUUAUAAAAAGAGUAUAUCCGACCCCGCUGCUAUAAGAAACCAAACGUUAAGCAGUUGCACUUUGUUAGAAGGUCCGGAAAAAAAUACUACAACAUAUUACAUGGGGUUUACACAUCGAUCAGUGACACGGGCAAACUUAGAUAAUAAGAAAUCCGACUUCUUCAAACUGGUGUCUUUUCGUACCCAAGUCGAUUCGUAUUCACAUUUCAGUUCAUUCGUACCCAGUAUUCCCUUGAUUCGUACACACAUCACAGAGUGAAUAUAACUCAAUAAUGAUAAAAACGCUCUUCACAAGUAUAUAAAUCGUUCUUUAAGCCACGAGGCUAGAGCAGACUCGUAAGGAUGGAGCAAAGUCUACACGCACUUAUCUCUAAGUACAGAGGCUGUUGACCAAGAAGUACUAAACAAUUAUUGGAUGAGGCUUUUGUGAUACCCGGAAUAAUCAAGGUCGAGGUAAGUGUUAUCAGCCACCAAGACCUUGAUUAUUCAGGGUAUCACAAAAACCGAAUCUAAUAAUUGUUUUAUUAUACAUUGCUUUGAAGAAAAUAACGACAAACACACCUUCGCAAGGAACCUGAAUUGAUAUUGUAAUUGGAACUCAUUCAUUGCGCGCGCAACCCGCAGAUUAGUCAGUUAUCUGCUAAUCUGUAGAUUGUGCUGAUUUCCAAAAUUAGCUGUAGGCUCUCAGCCAAUGAGAAGACAGAUAGUGAGUACAAUGUAUAAUAAUGCAACUUAUUAUCAUGCGUUACCCUAUCCAGAAACCAUGGAAAAUGAAAUUUGAACCAAGGAUAAAACUGAACUGCAACACUUACACUGAUUCACUAUAAAAUGUGCAUAUUUUUCUCGCAGGAGUGGAAGGUACAGAGGAAGUGUCUUCUUCGUUACUAUUAAAUGACCAAGUGGUAGGAUAUAUUGCUUUGUGCCGUAUCAUUUUGUUGCUGCCUAACCUACGAGGUCAACACUUAUUUCCAUCCGCCAAACUGACACUGACAGAUUAAUUUAAUGAUUCCUACACAAAGUAAGGGUUAGGGUUAGGUUAGGGUUAGGGUAGGGGGGUUAGGAUUUUUGCUAUAUAUAUUCAAACUAAACCAUUCAUUGUCAGCAAAUCCUUGGUAGUGUAGGGGUUAAAGUGAUGCACUGCAGGCAGAGCCGAUGCUCUGAGAUCGAAUCCUACUCGUGCCAUCCUAAAUUUUUUUUCCCUUAAAAAUUGAAGAGACUUAGACUUUUAUGAACAGAAAUUUCAUGUAAGAAAAGUGAAAUGUCUUGUGAGAGCCACUGAGAGGAAAAAAUGUCAGUUUGGCGGAUGGAAGCAAGUGAUGACCAACCUACGAGCAAGCUCUCCGUGAAUGGGGGAGUCACUUGCCAUAAAUACAGAGCUAGUCCACAGGCCUUGUCACCUGGGCAUGAGAUCCUCGUUACUCGUCAAAGAUAUAAAAAGCCGCUUGCGAUGGCGCGCUGUGAGGUCGCACAUAGUUUGAGCUCUAUAUCGCAUUAUACACUUCGCUAAUUAAUUUAUUUCACCCACUAUUUAAUGCCAGUUAAGAGUGAAUGAGGGGACACAUGACCAUCCGAUAACAGGACCUUUUUCCACCCCUCCCACUUUUUAAGAGAAAAGCCCUGAGAACGAGGUUGUUCUUCUGCCAAUCAUGAGAAAUUUCCCGAGGUGUCAAAGGCCAUUUUCUUGCCAGAAUGUCGGAAUUGGCGGAAUUAUUGCGUUCCUUGAAACAGUCCAAAAAUGCAACCAAAAGGAAUUUUGACCUACUUACCGACACUCAACUAAAAAUUGAGUAAUUUUGUGUUUGAUAUACAGAGAAAGAUGGUAAAUUUUAAGCUCGGUGAGCAUGGUGUUCCAUGAUCUUUCUUAUCUUUCUUUAGGAGGACGACACAAAUGAACUGUAUUGCAGAGUCUGUAACCAAUUCUUCAGCUCCCUACACAACAAGAAGGAACAUCUAUUUGGAAAACAACAUCUGAGUCAGCUGACCGGAGAAUUUGAACGGGAGGCGGAACAAAAUGCUAAUGACGGCAAUGACAAAGUAGUUCAUGACGUCACUCCUGCAGUGUCUGUUGCUGACACAGUGCAUGUGGGUCAUAAUCCUGCUCUUAUAUCAGCUGAUACUGAACCAAUGCUGUCCAUCUCACAGUUCACCGAAAAAUUCUUGGAACAGAAUUUGAGUAAGUUCUUGUAUCAUAUAGAAGUC